AGCAAGUCAGCUUUCGGAUCAUUGCUUGGGCAAACACUUGAACGCCUACCGCUCGCUUCCAUCAACAGGAUGCUUUCCUGGAAACACACUAUAUAACCCCUUGUCGGACGACUUGUAUUGCUCCCUGACGCACGUUGUUCUGCACUUGGAGCUCGUUGGCGGGGGCAAGUCUCGUCCCCCAGAAGACCGCCGAUGACGAUGUUCAAGGCUUUUCCAUGGGGGGUGACGAUAUGAAUUGCGCGAUGGUUGUACAACGCGAGUCCUACGAUAACGGCGGGAGGACUUGUCCAAGAGAAGCGCAAGAUGAGAUGGGCCUUCGUCGAUGAGUGCGCUGGAGGAAGAAGAUUCGUGAAUAUAACGAACUGAAUCGUUGACGCAUAGUCUUGUCCGGCCCGUUUCACAUGCGAUAACUCGAAGAUCAGGCGUAGUUUCUUGCCUCCUCAAUGCGUGUUCUCCGGUUAUGCUCAACCUACGCGCGGGAAUCUACGCACGGCAGGCUCAGACCAAGCAUUUUCACUGUGAUAGGUAGGCUGGGAGUGGCUGCUCACAGGGGUCUAGCCCAGGUAUCACAGUCGAUGCCUCCAAUUAGAGCGUGGCAGGUCUAAUUGGAGGCCCCAUUCACUCAUGCGGAUUGCCGUGGCACUGUCACGCAUCAUUACGAGGUGGAUGCAUAUGAUCAGCAAGUCUAUUCAAAUUUCAGGACACAAAACACGACUACCCACCCGUGCCAAUGCCACCGAUCGAGUGUCUAAUGACCGCUUGAUGAACUCGCCAGGACCAGAUAGCGACGUUCGAAAGGAGAAAAUCUAAGGACCGUUGGGCCAUGCCAGACAACCCUCGCAAGACCUGUAGCUUGUACUUGCGACGAGACAUACACGAUCGCGAUUGCCCGUCAGGAAUGUGAUUUCUAUCCGUUAACUGUGUGGCGUCGUUAGCCGUCCAGCGAGUCCCUAUGGAUCUGUAAGGUCCGUCCAGAGUUGAACGGCUGCUCAGGUAGCAUGAUCGUGAUGAAGUCGCUC